AUGGACAAGGCGAAUGUUGGGAAUUCAUUGCCAGGAAGGCGGUCAACUUGCAUAACAGAUUUUGCUGGGUCAGAUAAGGUGAAUCCACUUCUCUUUACAGCCUUGCCGGGUCAGAGUGUUGAAAGUUUCAUUGAAAAUCCGUCAGCCGAAGCGUUGGUCGGUCUUACUAAAGCCCAGUGGAGUGAGUUAGCCGCUCAUUAUUGCAUCCCUAUUCGGUCAUCCUUACGGAAGGAUGAAAUUCGUACUUUAGUGACUGAAUAUUUGAUAGAACACCAUGUGCUGAGUGAGGAUGAAUUAGAGCACGUGUGUCCUCGGGAUGUCACGGUGGCCCGCCAGUAUGAACUGGAGAGCCGUAAACUAGACUUGGAGAUGUUUAAGGCAGAGAAUGAGCGGAUGCGUCUCAUGCAGAGACCCAAUCAGGAACGUUAUCCUCAUUUUCGUAUAGAGGAUGCAAUUAAAUUUGUUCCUAAAUUUAAUGAAGCCGAGCCAGAGUAUUUUUUCAUUCAUUUCGAGCGUGUAGCUGCCUUGCAUGGUUGGCCCGAAGAUAAGUGGGUAUUACUAGUACACAGCGCAUUUGUUGGCAGGGCACAAGAGGUUUUCUCAGCUCUGGAUUUGGUACAGUCACAGAAUUAUCAUGUUGUAAAAGAGGCUGUGUUAAAUGUUUAUAAAAAGGUACCAGAGGCUUAUAGACAGGACUUCCGCAAUUGCCGUAAAGAUGGUAAACAAACCUUUGUUGAAUUUAUCCGCCAAAAGCAACUUUUGUGUAAAAAAUGGGUCGAGAGUGAACUUGAUGCACUCGAGUACGAUAAAUUACUUGAAUUGUUUAUACUCGAGGAUAUAAAGAAGUGUAUGCCUGUAAAAGUUCGCUCUCACAUUGACGAGCGUGGUCUGCGCACAUUAGCCGAGGUCGGUAGUGCCGCCGAUCAUUUCGCUCUAACUAAUCCGAACUACUCUUGCAGAUCUAAUGAGCCUUCAUUCCAGUCAAGCCAGCAUAGUGGUAAGAGGAUGGAGUAUAGUGCCAGGACUGAACUGCCAGAUACCCACAGGACUGUAAAUAUAAAGUCGUCAGAAACAGCUGAAUCUGUAAAUGUGACGCCUUCAUUUAGACCAUUUUGUUCUACAGGAUUUCUUAGUGCCGAUGAAUCGUGCACGUCUUCUUCCCCGGUCACUAUACUACGGGACUCGGCUGCAAAUAUAUCAUUGGUGCUCAAAGAGGCUGUUCCUAACCCUGACUGUUACACUGGAGAGAUGGUAAUUAUUAAUGGACUGAUAGGGUCCAAGAACAUUCCCAUUUGUGAAGUUUACAUUAAAUCUGACUUGAUAUCUGGAUAUGUAAGAUUAGGUGUUGUUGAUAAGAUACCAAGUGAUGGCAUUUCCCUUCUUAUGGGUAAUGAUCUAGUUGGUAAUAAGAUGUGGCCUUGCCCUGUAGUUUUACCUAGUCCCACUAAGGAAAACAAUACAGUAGAUUUAGAGAGGGAGUACCCUGACCUCUUCCCCGCGUGUGCUGUCACACGCAGUGCCAGUCGUAGGGCCUCCCAUCCUAUCAAAGCGGUUACUCCUGGUAAUACAUUAACAGAGGAGAGCCCAAGUGAGGUAAUUACAGAGGAAUUCACACUAGCAGACUUCUUUAAUUCAUCAGCUAAAGUUUUAAGUCAGCCUGCAUCUGACCAUCCUGAUAUAGUGAAUUUCAAAGCCACUCCAAUUACUAAAGAGAAGCUAAUUGAAGAACAACACAAUGAUCCUGAUUUAAAAACAUUUUAUGAUAGGCUUACUGACCUAAGUGAUUUAGAAACUUCUCAUGUGUGCUACUAUCUCCAGUCGGGCGUUCUUAUGCGUAAAUAUAAGCCAUAUAAUAUAUCUGCAGACGAUACAAGAAAGACUGUACAUCAGAUUGUAAUUCCUAAGUCCCUUCAUACUGACGUUUUGAAUAUUGCACAUGACAUUAGUGGUCAUUUGGGAGUCAAGAAGACUUAUUACAAGAUUUUAGCUCAUUUUUAUUGGCCAAAAAUGAAGAGAGAUGUUAGUCGUUAUUGUCAGUCGUGCCAUAUCUGCCAAGUAAAAGGUAAGCCAGGAGCUGGCAUCAAACCAUAUCCCUUGCAACCUAUCCCAGUGUUAAGAGAGCCUUUCAGUAAAGUAGUUAUUGACUGUGUAGGUCCCCUUCCCAAGACUAAACGGGGUAACAAGUUUUUGUUAAUUAUAAUUGAUGUGGCCACCAGAUAUCCUGAAGCUUUUCCCCUCAGACGCAUUACUACUAAGAAUGUUGUGAAGGCCUUAAUAAAGUUUUUCACCCAGGUGGGUCUGCCUGCCGUAGUACAGUCAGAUCAAGGAUCGAAUUUCACGUCCAAACUGUAUGAAAACGUUAUGAAGUCCUUGGGUAUACAGCAGUGCAGGUCUAGUGUAUAUCAUCCUCAGAGUCAAGGGGUUGUUGAAAGGUUUCACUAUACUCUAAAGACAAUGAUAAAAGCCUUCUGUUUGGAGACUGGUUCUGAGUGGGAUGAAGGAAUAGAUUUGCUUCUAUUUUCAGUUAGGGACAGUGUUCAAGAGAGUCUCGGAUAUUCACCAUUUCAGUUAAUUUACGGCCAUGAAGUGCGUGGACCACUAAAAGUCCUAAAGGAGUGUUGGUUAAAUGAAGAGGAAGAGAUUCCUAUAGCUGCAUAUGUUAACAAAUUUAAGAGUAGAUUACAAACAGCUAUUUCAAUAGCCCAUAAUCAUUUGGGUAAAGCUCAGACGAAAAUGAAAGAACAUUUUGAUAAAGUAAACAAUUCUGAAGUAAGAACCUUUAAAGAGGGGGACUUAGUUUUAGCCUUGCUACCUCUUCCUAACCAGCCUCUUCAGUCUCGAUAUGCAGGGCCAUUUCGUAUUUUAAAACGAACCAGUGAUACGAAUUAUGUAAUUGAAACACCUAAGAGGCGUAAGAAACAACGUCAUGUACACGUGAACCUCCUGAAAAAAUACUAUGAACGAAAUGAUUUGAAGGAAAAUGUACGAGAGGUUUCAGUAGUUGUACCUUCUAAUAUCAGUAGUGAAAAUAAUGAAACUAUUCCUAUUGUGGAGCCUAAUCUCACCAAUUCAGUCAUCUUAGCUAAACCUGAUGAUAAACUUAAACACCUUUCUGCUGCCCAAGCAGCAAACAUUCGUUCUCUUCUGCAGGAGUAUGAUAAACUAUUCAGUGAUGUACCACAUCUCUGCCCUCUGCUGGAACACGAUGUUGAGACUAGGGAUGCUAAACCAGUACGCCAAGCUCCCUAUCGCCUCAAUACCGAGAAGAGGGCAUUCCUGCAGGCAGAGAUUCAACGUCUGAAAGAACAGGGUAUCAUCAGUCCCAGCCUUAGCCCCUGGGCAUCCCCUGUGGUCCUAGUUCCCAAGAGUAGCGGCACUUACCGUCUAUGCGUGGACUACAGGAAGGUGAAUGCGGUAACUGUGGCGGACUCCUUUCCUCUCCCGAGGAUGGACGACAUCAUUGAUGAUUUGGGGAGGGCACGCUAUCUGUCGAAAUUGGAUCUCCUCCAGGGGUAUUAUCAAGUCCCGUUAACCGAGAGGGCGAGGCCGACUUCUGCGUUUGUCACCCCGGCCGGCCUCUACGAGUUCAGGGUUCUUCCGUUUGGGAUGAGGAAUGCCCCGGCAACCUUUCAGCGACUGAUGAAUUACCUGACGGCGGACCUGGAAGGCGUUCGCUGUUACCUCGACGACCUCGUAAUCUGGAGCGAGUCCUGGGAGGAACACCUCGUCCGCCUGCGUGCGCUCUUCUCGGCCCUGGCAGACGCCAAUCUUACGGUAAACCUGCAGAAGAGUGAUUUGGACACGCUCGUGUCACCUUCUUGGGCCACGUGA